UUUAUCCAAUUAAAUCAUGUAUAUUAUUUGAGCCUCAGCCACAUAUGCAAGGCUACCAAUAUCUAUAUCUAGAUCAUUAUCGAUAAAGGGAGUGAUCUCAUAACCACUGCGUCUUACAAUUUGAUUAUGUUUAGCUAAUAAUCCUCCCAAGGCACGAAUUCAUAUCGCGAAAUGCGUCACGAUCCAUCCCGCCAUGGCGCCCAUUCGCCGAUAUCUCCGCAUAACCAAAUACUCAGUCCUUGAAUGUCGCAUAUACCUUGAUAAUCCCGCACUCGUCCACACUUGGCUCCUUAACCCGAGGAGUCCCGUACUGCCAAGAGUCAUCGAGAGCGUGCGACCGCUUGUUUUACCUAAAUUACGUGAGGAGCGAGAACGAAGUCGAAAGCGAAGUACCAAGAAGAAGGGGAUCAAGGAUGUAGUGGUCGAAGAUGAUUUCGAGGUAUCCAUAUUCCUCACCGAGACAGCUACCCGCCACGCGCUCCUCACAAAACAUAAGCAUUUCCAUGACACCACGCAAACAAAGCUUACAUCGAACUCGGGUCGUCUGAUUGGUGAGGCGAACGAGGUACCUGUCGACGUCGAUGCUACAACAGAAUUUGGUCCACUCAUUAGACAUGAGGAGAGCGAUGAUGAAGAUGCUGCUGCUACCUUGGCCACGAUUCCGGCGGUAGACGAAACCGCAACGGGUACUAGCAGCGGCAGGCGACCCAAGCGCGGCCGUAGGAAUACAGGAACAGAAACAGACGCAGAUCGCGACGUAAAUGAUCAGCAAAUCAAUGAUGUGGAGAUUAUAUCUGAUAGCCAUGAUAGCCAAGACGGUGAGGACGACAGCCUAUUCGUCAAUGAUGAACCAAAUGACGACGCUAGCACGCGGCCGCCACCAGCCAAGAGACGCAGAGGGGGAGCAGCAGCGCCGGAGGGUGACAAUGCCGAAGACGACGAUGAUAAGAAAAAACUGGCUAUGGACAUCUCGUACGAUGGAUUUUCUAUUUACGGACGCGUGCUGUGCCUCGUCGUCAAGCGCCGCGAAGGUAACAUCGGCGCCGGCCCCCAACCUGCGGGACGCGGCAGGACGUCGGGUACGGGCGGAAGCCAUGCGACGAAACAUGGGGGCGGAGGCCAGGCCAUGAUGGAGAACUUCAUCAUAUCCACCCAAGUACCGGCGGGCGCAGACAUGUCGUGAACGGUGCCCGCAACGGAUUCGCGGCUGUCGCGGUAGCAUUCAUGCACGUCACCCUACACCCUAAUCCCAAAACUUGACCACGUGGGUUAUAGGAUCCAGUCGACCGCUGUAGUUUUAAUGAAUAUCUGCCAACACAUAUACGCAGUGGCUUACUAAUGCAUACGGUCGCAUGUAGUUCCAGAGCGAUCUAUUCGAUACCUAUAUAAUGUCAUCUUGGAGAUGGCAGAUCGCUCGAUGCGGUGUGUAUGUGGGCUUGAAACAGAGGCUGUGGAAAUCAUCCAUUGAUUGCCGGUCCUCAGAAAAAAACAAACUCAGAUCCUUCUGCAGUGCAACACGAGCAAGGCAUGCACAAUGUAUUCUACCAUGGUAUCCGCAAGGUGGUAUUCAUCAUCUUAGGUCUCUAGAAAGAAGCAUGAAGACCUCAUAGAUUUCACACGUUGCCUCUAUGUAAAUACCUCUUUCUGCCACGUAGUAUAUGCAAGACUACACCAGCCCCUUUUAUAAGAUAGACUAAGCAAUCAAGACGCCGAUUUGAGAACUACGCAGUUUGAUGCAGAAUAGUAUGCAGAUAGCUUAUAAUGCUAAACCACAC